AUGCCAAAAGCCCAAGGAUAUUUUGAAAAUACUUUCUCUAUCAAGCGAGAAACAAUUGAAUAUAAUGAAUAUAUAGAUGUAGGAGGAAAUCCUUUAACCAAUAUUAAUUUAACUAAAAAUAAUAAAUUGAAAAAAAUUAGUUUCGCGGAUUGCCCUAUUAACCAAAAUUUAAAUAUUUUUUCUCAUUUAAAAAAUUUGGAAUACUUAAAUAUCAACAAAACUCCAUUCUUUGGCACCUUAAAAGUCUUGUCAGAUAGUAAAUUAAACGACUUAAAAAUAAAAGAAUGUUCUAAAAUUGAAGGAGGUUGGGAGUUUUUGCCAACUACUUUAAAAAAGAUUGAAAAAGACCAGAAUAAUUUGUUUGAAAAUUUACGCGAUUAUCAAAAUAAUUUCCCUGCUUGGCGAAAAGACCACAACUUUUUACUCGACCGAAUUAGUAAAUUAGAGCAACAAUUAAUCGAACAGGAAAAAAUAACUAACAAAGUAUUAAAAGGAAAGGAACAACAAGAAAAGCAAUUGGCAAACGAAAAGGAAACUUUUCUCACUACUGCUAAUAAACUCAAUAAUUAUAUUUCCCAACUCGAAGAAAAAUUAGCCGAAACUUCAAUUAAUGAGCAAGAAGCAAAAAUAGAAACUCCUCUUAAAAAAUAA